AAGAAAAAUUCUUCGAGAUCGAGAAUAUAUUUAAAUCUCGACAUCUCAUCAUUCAGUGUAAUGUCAGGAUAGUUAGACACGAAUUACAAAAAUGAAAGUGUCAUUUGUGCUAUUAUUUUUACUUGUCGCUUUGGCGAUUCAAGUGUCAAUCGCCCAGCAUGGUUGUAGAGGAAGAAAGUGUGUCCCAGUUAAACUAUCAUUAAAAUGUCAUUCAAAACAUUGCCACAGACAUAAACAUCAUCAUAAGUGUUGUGGUCAUCAUGGUAAUCAUCAUCAUCAUGGUCAUCAUUGUAUAGGACCAAUGUGUUACUCAGCGGCAAUGCCAGGAACAGCAACAGCACCAAUUCCAGGAUCAAUGUCAAUGCCAAUGCCAAUGCCAAUGCCAAUGCCAAUGCCAAUGCCAAUGCCAAUGCCAAUGCCAAUGCCCGCACCAAUUCCAAUGCCAUGUCCAAUGCCAGCACCAAUGCCAGCACCAAUGCCAGCACCAAUGCCAAUGCCAAUGCCAGCGCCAAUGCCAGCGCCAAUGCCAAUGCCAAUGCCAAUGCCAGCGCCAAUGCCAAUGCCAAUGCCAAUGCCAAUGCCAAUGCCACUGCCUGCACCAAUGCCAGCACCAAUGCCAAUGCCAGCACCAAUGCCAGCACCAAUGCCAAUGCCAGCACCAAUGCCAAUGCCAGCACCAAUGCCAGCACCAAUGCCAAUGCCAUGUCCAAUGCCAGCACCAAUGCCAAUGCCAUGUCCAAUGCCAGCACCAAUGCCAAUGCCAGCACCAAUGCCAAUGCCAUGUCCAAUGCCAGCACCAAUGCCAAUGCCAAUGCCAGCGCCAAUGCCUUCCUUAAGUACAUUUGGAUAUUAUCCUGGACAUCAUCAUCAUCAUCAUCAUGGUCAUCAUCAUCAUCGUCAUCGCUGUUGUAAAUCACACCAUAAGCAUUGCCACUGCAAAUGUUGUAGGCAUCACAAUCACCAUGGAAAAUUAUCUAACUGCAAAUUAUACAUCAGACCAAAACGCUCGCCUAGUGCCAAUUAUUAUGAACCUGAUAUGCUAGAUUUCAGCCCUGAUGCAGUACAAGACUCCAAUACAAGUUAUGACGAAGAAUCAGAAUUUGUUAAAAUGCCUCAAUAUUAUCAAGAUGAAGUCUGCUCAUACUGAUUUGACAAUGCCGAUUUGCUAACUUUAUUUUAUUGACUAUUAAACUGUGUAUAUAUAUCCUGACAUUUAGUUUUAUAUAUAAUAUAAAUAUAUAAUUCUAAUUAUAUUAUAUGAAAUAUAUGAAAUACAUAUUAUAUUAUAUGUAUAAAUCAUGCAUUACAUGAAAAUAUCAAUAAAAAAUAUAUAAUUGAAAUUAAA